AUGGCUCAGAGAGCCUGGGGCAGCAUGCUCUUCCACAACCGCAAGACCCAGCUGCUGCUGGUCAACUCCCUGACGUUCGGCCUGGAGGUCUGCCUGGCUGCAGGGAUAACCUAUGUGCCUCCGCUGCUGUUGGAAGUGGGUGUGGAGGAGAAGUUCAUGACCAUGGUUUUAGGGAUAGGACCUGUUCUUGGCUUGGUUUUUGUCCCACUGAUCGGAUCUGCCAGUGACCACUGGCACAGCAGCUAUGGCCGAAGGCGACCUUUCAUCUGGAUGCUGUGCCUGGGAGUCCUGCUGAGCCUCUUUGUGAUCCCACAUGCCAGCAGCCUGGCCAGCCUGUUUGCCCUCAACACUCGCCCUCUGGAGAUUGCCUUCCUCAUCCUGGGCAUUGGAUUACUGGAUUUCUGCGGCCAGGUCUGCUUCACUCCGCUGGAGGCCCUGCUCUCAGACCUCUUCCAGGAGCCGGACAACUGCCGCCAGGCCUUCUCCGUCUAUGCCUUCAUGAUCAGCUUGGGGGGCUGCAUUGGCUACCUCCUUCCAGCCAUUGACUGGGGUGGCAGCUUUCUGGCCCCAUACCUGGGAGGGCAGGAGACGUGUCUCUUCAGCCUCCUUGCCGUCAUUUUCCUCGGCUGUGUGCUGGCCACGCUCUUUGUGACAGAGGAGGCAGCCACCCAGGCAGAUGUUCUGGAUGGCUCAGUGCUGAAGGACGCUCCCCCUAAGCCCUCACCUCCUGCCUGCUGCUCUUGCCAACUCUCCAGGAGCUCAUGUCUCCUUCAGGCCAGGCACAUGAUGCAGGCCCUGAGAAACCUCUGCACGCUGGUGCCACGGCUUCACAGCCUCUACUGCCGCAUCCCCAAGGUCAUCCGUCGCCUGUUUGUGGCUGAGCUCUGCAGCUGGAUGGCACUCAUGACUUUCAUGCUGUUCUACACAGACUUUGUUGGGGAAGGACUCUACCACGGUGUCCCCAGAGCCAAGCCAGGCACGGAUGCCAGACGCCACUACGAUGAAGGUGUCCGGAUGGGUAGUUUGGGCCUCUUCCUGCAAUGUGUCACAUCCAUCUUCUUUUCGACAAUCAUGGACCGGAUGGUGAAGCAGUUUGGGACACGGGCGGUCUACCUGGCCAGCGUGGUGUUCUUCCCCGUGGCUGCCUUCGUCAUGUGCCUUUCCCACAGUGUCAUCAUUGUUACCAUCUCAGCUGCUCUAACAGGCUUCACCUUCUCUGCACUCCAGAUCCUGCCAUACACACUGGCAUCCCUGUAUCAUCAUGAAAAACAGGUAUUUCUGCAUAAAUAUAAGAGCAAAGAGGAGGAAGACGCAGCUCGACUGGACAAGAAAUCAGCCUUCUCUAAAGGCCUCCUUUCCAGCCAGAAGCUGCCUUACCAGAAUGGACAUGCUGGGAGCCUCUUCUCUUCUUCCUCUUCUUCCUCCUCUCCUCCAGCUGCCAGCUCAGCUCUGUGUGUCAGCUCCUCCUGCGAUGUCUCGCUCAUGAUGAUGGUGGGAGAACCGGACUCGGUGGCUCCUGGCCGUGGGAUCUGCCUGGACCUGGCUAUUUUGGACAGUGCUUUCCUCCUCUCUCAGGUUGUCCCCUCACUCUUCAUGGGGUCCAUCGUCCAGUUUACACAGUCAGUGACUGCCUACAUGGUGUCAGCUGCCAGCUUUGGCCUGGUAGCCAUUUACUUUGCAACCAAAGUUGUCUUUGAUAAGAGUGACAUGGCGAAAUACUCGGUGUGA